CCCAACUAUGGACAAUAUAAAAGGGCCUAGGUAGCUCCAAAUACAUUAUUUUUUUAGGAGACAACUCCAACUACUUAGAGAAACAAUGACCAACCAAAAGAGGGAAUUAUUAUUAUUAUUAUUAUUAUUAUUAUUAUUAUUAUUAUUAUUAUUAUUAUUAUUAUUAUUAUUAUUAUUAUUAUAAAGUUAAGGCAUAUCAAUGUUGAAGGACUCCUUUCUCUAACAUAUAGUUGUCGCCAAUGCUUUUAUUAUUAUUAUUUUUUAUGAUCAGUCGUCGCCAAUGUUUCUAUGCUAGCCAUUUAAUUUAUGCGUUUUCUCGAUUACACGUAGGAAUGGCAAUGGAUCAAAGUCAGGUUGAGUCGGGUUCUAUCAAAUCCAAACCUAAUUCAUCGAGUAUAUUCAUAAAAAAAAACGUGAAAAAAUCCAACGAGUUCUGGAACCUCAAAUUCAAUCUAACCAACUGGAUAUUCGUGGGUUCGUGAAUAUCUAUGUGUUCUGAUGGACAAGAAUGCAUAACACAAUCUCAUAUUAAAAAAAAAAGUCUAACACCAAUAUGCUCAUACAAAUUAUAAAAAAAAAAAUCAAUCUAGUACAUACAAGCAAACCCACAAAUUAUCCAUAUAUAUAAUUAUUCAAUAUUAUAAAUAAACAUCCACGAAUAACAUGAUUAAUCGACAGAUUGUGGGAGCUAGUAUGGGUGUGAGUUAAUAUCCAUGAGUCAAAUAUAUGUAAACCCAAACUCGAUCCAACUAGGUAAACAAUGCAACGGGUUUCAACCCGAACCCCGACCCACAAUCAGGUGCAUGCAUUGACCGGAUUAAGCCGGAUGAAUACCCGUAGAUUCAGAUUUUGUUUUCUAUUCCUAAUUCCUCCACCGUGAAGCUAGUCGUCUAAAAUCCAUCGACCGCGUCCACCCAAAUCACAUAGCUUUAGUAACGGGAUUUCAUUCGGCUGAAGAUCCACGUCUUUCCCAAUACAUGCAUGUAGCUUAAGAUAAUGCUUUCACAGAUAUAGUUUACACCGUUUGCUUAGUUUAGUGACCAAACAUUACGUUUGGCAGAGAAACUCUACAGGUCGUGAUCAUUCUUCAACAAUAUUCAGUGAAUCUGCUUUCUUUCUUUCUUCUUCUUACCACUGCUCCCUGCUUGUUGAUAUUAGUGACCAGUCGAUCGGCGACCGCCAUGUCCGGCCUGAAUCUUUUCGUGCUGCUAAGCUUAUUUAUGCUACUCUGCUCGAGUACAGUAGUCAGCUUGGCAGAAUAUUAUGGCGGCACUGCUGGUUUCACCAGUUCUCCUUCUGGUUAGUCAUUCUUUAACAUAUAACAACCAACCAUUUAUAAUAAUUAGUGGCGACAUUAAAAAUAACGGUAUUGUGGGUGUUGCAAAAGUAUAAUUCAAACCCAUAUUUAAGCACUACGGCAAACAUAUAUAGGAUUCCACGACCAAUAUUUUCCCGAAAGUUAGAUGGUAUAUAAUUUAGCGACACGGAAAUUUCUAUAUUGUGACCAGGAAUUGGUUGCAAAAAGUAAAUUUUCUCGCUACCAAUCCUUUUUAAUGACGACAUUUUUUUCUUUCUUCCUGCGCUUACGUUUAGCACAAGCGUGCACGUGGAGGCCGCCGAUAACGACGAUGUUCACCGGAGUAAACCAGGCCCACGGUGCCGUAUGCGGGCAAAAGUACAGAGUUAGCUGCGUAGGCCGGGGUGGAAGGUCAGCCGUCUCCGUGCAGAACGGCGGAGCCCGUAGUGGUGGCCGUCACGCGACAGCUGCUCGCCGGGAGCCGACAAGAAGCCUUGCCCGACGUUCGUGCUGUCCGAAGAAGCCUUUGCAUUUAUUGCAAGGCCUCAAGCUGGGUUUGCCAAGGUUUCCUACGAACUGUAAGAGUGUGUGUUAGCCAUUGUACGUACGUCCAUUUCUUGCUCAAAUAUUACAGUUUAAAUCUUCCCAUUAGUUACACUUGGGUGUAAGCUUGGCCCUAGAGAUUCACUAACUCACUCCGCCUUGACAUGCACGAUCCUGAGCGAGUCGUGGCUUGGGUCAAUUUGUCUACAUGGUCAGUUUAGAUCAGGUCAUUUUUUGACCCUAUGAAAAUAAGGUAGGAAUGUAGGAUAGGGUCUGUGACCCCAUGGUAAUAAAUAGUAAUAUGAAAUUCCUCAUACCAACACAUUGAAGUUAUUUAUAAAGUUUUAGAAUUUUAGGUAUUAUAAUGCAAGGUAAAAAAUAUAAACGUACUAAAAUAUUAAUUUUACCACCAAAAAGUAUGGACCUAUUUAUUAAAAAAAUGAAGUUUAGGUACAAGAAAAAAUAAAUUUGAGUACCAAAAUGAAAUUUUAAAAAUUUU